CACUUAUCUACCUGGCCACGCCUACAUUUCAUCUUUAAAGAAUCUUUAAGAACCCCAUGAAUUAACAAUUUUCUCAGAUUAUUUCAAUUUUUUUCAGAACAAUCACGAGUCCCAAAUCCGGAACCUCCCAGUUUCUCUUCUUUGUCUCUUGUGAGCCUUGAAGAUGUUGAAGCUUCUGAUCCUGUUUGUUGUAAUGGCUGCGCUUUUUAGCUCUCCAUUGUCUUCUUCAACUCCUGUAGAUGUGAGGCCAGAGCCUCCUGUCUCAGACCCAGUUCUCCCCACUGAGAAAGAACCAAUCUUUCAGGCUUCUUCAAGCUCAGGCGCCCAUUCCCCAGGGGCUACAGAUGUCAGAGCAGUUCAGCAUCAAAACUUAAACAAGAAAAUUCUCAUUGCUCUUAUUGUUGCCUCUACCCUUCUUGGUGGAAUUCUGCUGUUGUUAUCUGGCUUAUGGGUUUACAGGUUGAGUAAACUGAAGAAAUCCAAUGAAAAAUGCCAGCAGAAUGCAGAUGGUGCCAAGGGACUUUCAUGCUGUCCAGUUAAGGAUAAAUCGACACCCUUUAAAGCCUCUGGUCGAAAGGGCUUAGUUGCUGUUCUCGAAUAUCCGUCAUUACUAGCUGCUACUAGCAAUUUUAUGGAGGAAAAUGUUUUGGGGGAAGGGAGACUAGGGCGUGUCUAUAAAGCAAAAUUUGACAAUGACUUCGAGGCAGCGGUUAAGAGACUUUGUGGUGGUAGACAGGAGGUUAUUAAAGAAUUUGAGAAUGAGGUUGACUUGUUGAGUAAAAUUCAGCAUCAAAAUAUAGUUUCCCUCUUAGGGUACUCCAUUCAUGGUGAUAUGCGUUUCUUGGUGUACGAAAUGAUGCAGAACAGUUCUUUGGAAUUUCAGUUGCAUGGACCUUCUCGUGGAUCAGCUUUAAGUUGGCCUCUCCGAAUGAAAAUUGCUUUGGAUGUUGCAAGAGGAUUAGAAUACCUUCACGAGCGUUGCAACCCCCCUAUGAUCCAUAGGCAUCUCAAAUCGUCUAAUAUUCUUCUUGAUUCCAGCUUCAAUGCAAAGAUUUCUGAUUUUGGCCUUUCUGUAACUGGCGGAAACCUAAACAAGAACAUAACCAAGAUUUCAGGAUCACUGGGUUAUCUUGCUCCAGAGUAUCUCUUAGACGGUAAACUAACUGAUAAGAGUGAUGUGUAUGCUUUUGGCAUUAUUCUUCUAGAGCUUUUGAUGGGAAAAAGGCCAGUGGAGAAAGUGGGAGAAACUAAGUGCCAAUCAAUAGUUACGUGGGCUAUGCCCCAGCUUACUGACCGAUCAAAGCUCCCGAAUAUUGUUGACUCUACUAUCAGAAACACAAUGGAUGUGAAGCAUUUAUAUCAGGUUGCGGCUGUAGCUGUGUUAUGUGUGCAACCGGAACCAAGCUAUAGGCCAUUGAUAACUGAUGUACUACACUCCUUCAUUCCACUUGUACCAAAUGAACUCGGUGGGUCGCUUCGGGUAGUGGAUUCUACUCCCCGUACCAGCUCAUAGGAGUCAUUCAUAGCUGUGCCUUACUUACUUUGUAUUCCCAAAAGGAUUGAAAAUCAAUGGAAGAUCUUGUGUUUCCCGUAUUCUUGGUUACAGAUCCCUCAAAUGCGGUUUUUUUGCUAUGUAUUUAGAGUAGUGACACAUGACAAUGAUAUCUGUGGUGGCUUUGUCUGUAAAUUGUAAAUUUUGAGAAAGAAAGCAUCCACUAAUUCACCACCAGGCUUUUAAUUAUCGAGAAUUGGAUUGUUCCGGGAUUGCUUUAUAUCCCAGCUUCUGGUAUUUGUAUAUACAGCAGAGUUAUUCACUUCUCCAGAUUUUGGGCUAUUUUGAUCCACACCAGACCUCAUUGAUGACUACUAUCUGAGUUUCUGUAGCCAUGUUUUUUGUUCAUACUCUUUUGGUUCUACUUUUUUCUUGUUUGUCAUUUCAGGGCUCCAAUAAAUAAUAGUAUUGCUUGCAUAGGAUGGAGAUUGAUCGAGAAUCGAGAAUAUCCUAAUUUGAUGAUCCAGCCGGCGUUUGUCUGAUGAGGUUUGGAGAAGGAAGCCAUGGUGGCUCUUACAAAGUGGAUCUGCAACAAAAGCGCGGUUGUGAAGAUUGUUCAUCCGGGAGGGCACGUUGAGGUGCACGACUGUCCUGUUCUUGCAGGUGAGAUCAUGAACAGGAACCCGAAGUGCUGCGUUGCACGCCCCAAUGUUUUCCAGCAGCCUUGGGCAGCUAUCCUUGCUCCCGACACCACCCUCGUGCCCGGACAGAAGUUCUAUGUCGUCCCCAAAGGCACCGUCAGAAAACUCCAGUCCCUGGCGCUGAAGCAUUUCCCGUCUUCCAUGGCACGAGAAAUCCAGAAACCUCAACACGACGAUGGAAAUGUUAGUUCUUGUUUGUCUUUUCGCAGGAAUAGCUUAUCCCUUGAACACGCCAAGAAGGAUAACGAUGCACAAUCCUCCUCGUCGUCAUCUGAGACAAAAAUAGAGAUUGCACCUAAUAGACUUUCUUCUUUUGACAACUGGCAACCAGGUUUAGAAAGCAUUAGUGAAGAAUGAAAAACAAAAAAAAAACAUUGUGUGAGGUUUAUUUUCACUUUAUGUAAAUACAGAUUGUGAAGAAAUAUGAUGUUUCUGCUCUUUUUUUUUUU